AUGCCUGAGACUGCGCCUGCAGCCUCAGUGAAGCUUGUUGUGACUUCUAUGGAGAAAUCGUCAGUUAAGAAACGAGGAAAGAAGCAAAGUGGCUUGACUGUUGCAAGCCGCAAGGUUCGGGGUCCGUCUGUGUCAAAAUUGAUCACUGACGCUUUGUUACUGUCUCAAGAGAGAGGGGGUAUGUCAUUGGCUGCGCUCAAGAAGGCGCUGGCGGCCGCUGGCUACGACGUGGAAAAGAACAAUAGUCGCAUCAAGUUAGGUCUGAAGAGCUUAGUGAGUAAGGGCACUCUGGUACAGACUAGGGGUACUGGCGCCGCUGGCUCCUUUAAGCUCAGCAAAAAGCCUGUUCCUGAGCCCGCUAAGGGCAGGGUCAAGAAGACCGCUUCUGCAAAGACCAGGAAGGUGGCUUUGUCCAGGGACUCCAAGUCUUCAAAGAGGGCUACGACUGAUAAGCGAGCCAGGAAACCAGGGACAGCAGCAGUACAGAAACCUGCCAGGAGCAGCAGCAAGUCUGAAGGAGCCCAGAGCAAGCAACAAUUCAAGAGUCCUGCAAAAAGCGGAACAGCGAUGGGCAGGAGGUCAAAAUCGACCCAGCGAAAAACAAACCGUAGGAACGUGGUGUCUAAGAAGUAA